CCCGCCCUUCACUUUCUCUUCUUUUCUUCUUACUCUGGCCCUUCUGUCUACUCAUUCUCCACCAACUCUUGACUCUGUCACGAUGUCGGCUCGCGCAGCCCGCUCGUUUGCGGCCGCCGCCGAGUCCCUCGCCCCCGUGUACGGCCAUGUCCCGCCCCUCCUCGCCCCGCUCCACCCCUACGCCCCGGUCGGCGCACUGGAUGUCUUCGGCGCCGCGCGGCUCAGCAUGGGUGUCAACUGGGUUGCGAGCGACACAAAAGGACGCCCGCGUGCGAGCUAUCUUCAAGAGGCUCUGGGCAUGCUGAUUGUUGUUUUUGGCGGCGAGACGUUCCUCGCGCUCUGCACCGGCACGCCGCCUAGCUGGCUGGUCAAUCCGACAUUCGUUUUCCUCUUCGCCGGCGUCCACUUCGCGCUCACGCGGACUCCCCUGCGCGCCCUUGUGCCCGCUAAGCCGAACUACCUCAUGGAGCUCGCACUCGCGCCCUUGGAUGCCAUCGGCCGUACCCUUCUGCUCACCCGCUUCUCGAUCGUCCCUUUGUUGCACCCUCCCGAGGGAGCCAAGGUGCUUCCCGCGACGCCCAGCACGCUCCUCCUCGUCCCCUUCAUUCUCGCGGUCCCAUUCGCUGCCCUCAUUUUCUCGGGUACCAACUGGUUUGCACCGCAGAUGGAGCUGUCCACCCCCAACGAGCUCAAGCCUGGUGGUUGGAUGGCUGUUGACGCGUGGAUCGCUGUUGUAAUUCCGGUGUUGUUCCUCUCCCUAGUCGGUCCGGUCAGGGGGUGGCCUUGGGGAUUGGGAACGCACAUGAGUGAGGACGCCGCAAUCGUGCUCUGCGCUGUGGUUGCUAUUGUGAGCUUCGUAGGGCGCACGGUUUACAACCUCGGCGGGACGGAGGAGCCUGUUAAGAAGAGCAGCAAGAAGAAGUCGAAGAAGGCGUAGGCAGAUGUGAGCCCAAGGAGUCGGGAGUCGGGAGUGGAUAUCUACCAGAGUAAUGGCGGAAUAGUCUAAGAUGAUGUAGAGACACAACUACGCGUAUCUAAACUUUGUUCGUCG